UUUGACAGAGAGAACAUAAAAAUUCCGGGCAUGCUGAUAAUCGACACUCCAGGACAUGAAUCUUUCAGCAAUCUAAGAAAUAGAGGAAGCUCACUUUGUGAUAUUGCUAUACUUGUAGUUGACAUCAUGCAUGGUUUGGAGCCACAGACAAUUGAAUCAAUAAAUCUGUUGAAAUCGAAGAAAUGCCCCUUUAUAGUAGCUCUCAACAAGAUUGAUAGGUUAUAUGACUGGAAAAAAAGUCCAGAUACAGAUGUAGCUGUGACCUUAAAGAAGCAGAAAAAGAAUACGAAAGAUGAAUUUGAAGAACGUGCAAAAGCUAUCAUAGUGGAAUUUGCGAAACAGGGCUUGAACGCUGCCUUGUUUUAUGAGAAUAAGGAUCCCCGCACUUUUGUUUCUCUUGUACCUACCUCUGCUCACACAGGGGAUGGCAUGGGAAGUCUGAUAGCUCUUCUCGUUGAGCUAACGCAAACUAUGCUGACCAAGAGACUAGCUGAAUGUCAGGAGCUGAGAGCUCAAGUCAUGGAGGUUAAAGCACUACCAGGCAUGGGCACUACUAUAGAUGUUAUUUUGAUUAAUGGACGCCUGAAAGAAGGAGACACCAUUAUUGUUCCUGGGGUAGAAGGUCCUAUAGUAACUCAGAUUAGAGGUCUUCUGCUGCCUCCUCCUAUGAAGGAGCUACGAGUUAAGAACCAGUAUGAAAAGCACAAAGAAGUCGUUGCUGCUCAAGGUGUGAAGAUUCUUGGGAAAGAUUUGGAAAAAACUUUGGCUGGUUUGCCAUUGCUUGUAGCUUAUAAAGAAGAUGAAGUCCCAGUCCUCAAGGAUGAACUAAUACAUGAACUGAAGCAAACACUGAAUGCAAUCAAAUUAGAAGAGAAAGGUGUUUAUGUCCAGGCUUCUACUUUAGGCUCUUUAGAAGCAUUACUUGAAUUUCUUAAAACAUCAGAAGUGCCAUAUUCAGGAAUUAACAUAGGUCCUGUCCAUAAAAAAGAUGUUAUGAAGGCAUCAGUUAUGCUGGAGCAUGACCCACAAUAUGCAGUCAUUCUGGCAUUCGAUGUGAGGAUUGAACGUGAUGCACAGGAAAUGGCUGAUAGUUUAGGAGUUCGAAUUUUUAGUGCUGAAAUAAUUUAUCAUUUAUUUGAUGCCUUCACAAAAUAUAGACAAGACUACAAAAAACAGAAACAAGAGGAAUUCAAGCAUAUAGCAGUAUUUCCUUGCAAGAUGAAAAUACUCCCUCAGUUCAUUUUCAACUCUCGUGACCCAAUAGUGAUGGGCGUGGUUGUGGAGGCCGGCCAGGUGAAGCAGGGGACUCCCAUGUGUGUACCUAGCAAAAAUUUUGUUGAAAUUGGAAUAGUUACAAGCAUUGAAAUAAACCAUAAACCAGUGGAGGUUGCAAAAAAAGGCCAAGAAGUAUGUGUUAAAAUAGAACCUAUUCCUGGUGAAUCACCUAAAAUGUAUGGACGACAUUUUGAAGCAACAGAUAUCCUCGUCAGUAAGAUCAGUCGUCAGUCCAUCGAUGCGCUGAAGGACUGGUUCAGGGACGAAAUGCAGAAGUCUGACUGGCAGCUUAUAGUAGAGCUGAAGAAAGUGUUUGAAAUCAUCUAGAUGACUUUUUACAGCAAUGGGGAGGCAGGAAUAAACGCACUAUUCCUGUUCUAAAAGUUACCAACAAAGUCAUAUAUUGAAGACAGUGUUGGAUAUAUGUUUGGCAGGAAAAUAUGUGGAUAAAAUGUUUUCCAUGAGAAACCAAGAAAUUUACACUGGUUUGACAGUGGUCAAUUUACAUGUUCCCAUGAUUCCAAUGUGCCUGUUCCUCUCCCACUGCCCUUCCUAAUACUGGCUGCUGUUUUAAAGUUUGCCCUUCCUUCUCAUACACCUUCCUUCUACCCUUCUUCCCUCCCUCUCUCCAAAAUAAAAUAAAAUAAAUUGAAUUUUUAUUACAGAACUAAAGCUCUUUCACUUUUAUACUGAUGAGAUCAGUACUGCAGUAUUUGAUUAAGCAAGCUUCUGCAGACUUUGUGAUUCUUGGGACAUUUUUGAUGUAAGAAGUACUUCUUUAUUUAUGCAUACCUCUUCCCUUGACUCUCUUUUCCAACAUUCUUCUGCUUUGUGCCUAUAGAAAUUUUUUUAAAUAGAAAAUUAGGCAAUUGGGUAUUUCUGUAUUUGCUUUGUGUGAAACAAUGAUGUAAAGCAUAGUUGGCCGCCUUUUACUGCUUGUACAGUUCAUGAAAGUCGACCUGUAAUCAUUAUAACGCAGAGCUGCAAAUAAAGGAGAUGGAC